UCUACUAAGAGUGGUGUGUGAGCGUGUAACACAGUACACUGUCUUACACUGUACCGCUACCAUCUCUUCCUCGUUCUCGUUUCCGUUCCUCUUCUUAUUGCGUGCGUUUCAACAAAAAAAAAAAAAAAAUUCGAAUCUCAAUUUUCUCUCAACGCAAACCCUAAUUCAUCAAAUCCAAUCUGCACCUCCCAACACUGUAUUUGUUUUGCAGCCAAUGUUCCAACACUGAAAGUGGAAAGAGACAAUAUUUGAACAGAUAAACCAAGAUGGAGCAACAAAACCAAAAUAAUACGCCAGAUGGUUCAGGAGAUGUGCCUUUGAAGCGCAAACGUGGUCGCCCACGGAAAUACCCAAGGCCAGAUUCAGUGGAGAGUCCCUAUAUGCCAACUCCAAGUAAAAAGCAGACUCCUGUUCGUGUUGAACCAGCCCCACCUCCUGGACUUCAAACAGUUAACGGAAAUCAACACCUUCAAAGGGUCCAAGUUAGGGAAUCAAAUGAUGUAAUGGUGGGCCAGGCUGUUUCCGGUGUAAUUGAGGCAGUAUUCGAUGCCGGAUAUUUGCUCAGUGUUAGAGUUGGUAAUUCUGAUACUACUUUGAAGGGAUUAGUCUUUAAGUCUGGACAUUUUGUUCCUGUUUGCCCCGAGAAUGAUGUGGCUCCAGGUAUUCCAAUGAUCCAGAGAACUGAGGUUCCCUUCCCUUCAAGACCUAAUCAGUUUCAAACGCCUCUCCCAAAGGAAAAGAAUGGACAACCCGUGAGUGCUUCUAGAAUUGAAACCCUUCCAGUGAAUGGUUCACAGUCUGCCCCUCUGGUUCCCAGAGGAGCAGUUAGUUCUAGUAACUUGGCUGCAGCUCCCAGAAUGAGCGUUCCUUCGGUAACCGGCCAAAUUACCGAUCAACUAGCCAGAGGUAAUGUGCCUGUUUUGUUCCAACCUAACUUUUCAAACGGGAUGCCGGUGUCCACUCCACCAUUACAACAAGUUGCCCCAAUUUCUGUUGCAAGUGGCGUGAUUGUGGGAAAGGAAAUCCCGGUAGAUGGAAAUCAAACACUCACCCCUCCUGCUCAAACUUCUAGCCAGAAUCUAUUUCCAAGUAGCGUGCAAAGUGAAGGUGUUAUUCCUUCAAAUUAUCAAUCUUCUUCUGAUGUGCUGAAUAAAAUCGAGGACAAUUCAUUACCAGUAGCUAGCAUGACUCUCGAGAAAAUGGAUGUGAUGGAUACCAAGACUGGAAACACCAUGCCUGGCGAUAAUACAGUGGCGAAGGAUCCAAGCCCUAUGCAAGUAGACAAAGCCAAUGAUGUGGGUCAACCUGUUUUGAAUCAGCCUCUGCAAGCUGUACAGUUUCAUGCUGAGGAAAACUCUGCUUCUGCUCCCAAAGUUUCUGACUGCACUGAAACUGGCAAAAUGACUGAGCUUUUGCAGAAUAACAAAACAGAAAACCAGGAAUCCAAAGCAGCAGAGGCAGGAUCUGGAGACAAGUUGGAUGAUAUAAGGAGUUUUGGAACCGGACUUCAAGAUGCUGGAACUGUUAAUUCAACAAAUCCUUUCUGAUUAUUGAAUGCUUAAUUUAUAAUUUCUUUGAAUUAUUGUUAUUAGUGGCUAUUGUGCCAGCAGGAUUAUUAUCAUAAUCAUAAAAUAGUAGUAUUAGUUAUUGGCAAAGUGAAAUAUUUAGAGUUUUCAAGUAUAUAGUUUUUUAGGAUCUUUAAAUAAUUUAAACCUGCAAGCCUUAUUGGGUUUUGUGGAUUUCACAUUGAAGUUGGAUGUUAAAUACUUCUUAAGUCAGUUUAUGCGGUGUGUGCUGAUUCUAAUUUACAAUGUUUCCUAUAUUACCUUUUA